CACCACUUCAACUACGUUUUUAUUUCUUUCGAAUGAGUCGAUCGUCAAAGCGCAUCAAAGUAGACACCUCAACUCAAAAAAUAUCCUCAGGAGAAGAAAUCAAGGCGCUACUGCGGUCACAGGAUGUCGAAACUCUAACUCGAGGACUCACUUCCAUUCGGAACCAAUUUACGGUCAAGCCGAAUGAAACAAUAUCUUCCCAAGAUAGCCGUUUGGUCCUUGCACAACAAUGGUUGAAUGGGUCGCCUGGUGCUGAGGAUAUUUUCACUCUCUGGGCGGGAGCGGAACAACGCCAGACGGCAUUGAUAUCGUUGUUGGUAUCUGUUCUUGCUGUGACUUUGUCGCUACUUUCAAGCCACUACACGUACCAUUCGUUGGGACAUCCAAUUGUCAAGAAGUUGUUUUUACCUCAAUGGACGCGGAAACUCAACUCGUAUAUCGGUGGAUCUAGCAAUGACCUGAUUCUCUCUACCUUGAGGCUGUAUAACAGCCUGUCUGGCUUUGCGCGCGGUCGUGAACGGAAGGGCGUAAUGGAGGCUUUUGGUUGGGAGAUCAAGAGUCUACCAAAGUUGCUGAACUUAAGACGAAAAUCCAAGACUGACGAGUCUGUAGACCCGCUCUCCAAGCCUGAUAUCCGGACGCUGUACAUGCUUUUCCUCCUAUCAUUUGUGGAUACCGAUACCCCUACGCCAGUCAAGACCAUGUUUAUGGAGCAGCAUCGUGACGCCUUUGUCUCUAUGUUUAAAGGCCUAUCUCAAGACCAUUAUUCUGUCAUUCGUAGAGUUUUGGAGGUUUCUUGGGCCGGGAUAUGGUCUGAACCCAAGCUGAAGCGAACGCUUAAGAUUGGCGUGUUCAACGAGACAACCAUAGCGCAGCUAGCGAAAGUCUAUGAUCGUGUAGAUUCCGAGGACGACGAUCCGGAACAUGUCUCUGCCAAUAUUGUGCACCAUUUUCUUCUAGCAAUAUGUACGCGGCCAGGUACGGGAAUUUGUUUCAAGGACAAUGGAUGGUAUCCCCGUGACGUCGAAGACGCGCAAGACGAUGAAGAAGUUCCCAAGAGCCGAGGAGGAAAGUUGUACAAUAAGAUGUUAGCGAAUGUCUUGCGAUCACUCAAGAGCAAUGAGGAUAUGCGACAGCAGGAACUCAGUUUGAAAAUAAUGUCUUCAUGUCCUGAGCUCGUAGCAGGAUAUUGGUCCUCCGCAAGUCUAACUUUGGAACCUCGGCUGUCAUCGCGGUGGAUCACAAACAUAGCCUUGUUUGGAUCUAUUGUAUCCCUCCCGAUUCCCGUUUCUUGCUUCAUUCUUUCAGAGAACUCGGAUGGGUUUCUCUAUCGGCCAUCCCCCCCUCCUCUGUCUAUCAUUUUGGAGAACGUCUUUCCUUCAGUUAACACCAAGGUUCAUUUCACAAAAGGACUGCAACAAGCUAGCCGCAGUUUGGUGCAGCACUGUACCGCUUUCGCGCUAUCAAAAUGCCUUAUGAAGUACCGCGAUGUCACAAGUCAUUUCCGAAUGAUCGCAGAUGCGCUGGAGGAAGGGGAGGCCGACGGACAGUGGUCCAAGCGAUGUCGCGAACUCGAAAGGGAGGCGCGUAAACGGGUCCCCGAAUUUCAGGUCAUUGUGGGGUAUUCGCAGCGGACGACCGGGCAACUUGGUUCCCAGCUCACCGAAUCUCAACGCCAGACGCAAGCUGCCCUACUAGCGGAGAGUUCCCAGCGACUAUUGUGGCUCUAUCACGACUGUUUACCGAGUUUAGUCUCGGAAGCUCGUUUUGACAUCGGAAAGAUGUUAAUUAACUUCUCGAGUACCGAAACGGAUGAAGGAGAAGGGAACAGUGAGAGUCUGUCAUCGGGGGCGCGACAACUGCAUCUUGUUAGACAAUUACACGUCCUGAGGCUCCUUCAGUCCAACGAUCAGUUUUCUUGGACUUCUAAACCAGGUUCAUCAAAAUUCUCCUACUUGCAUAUUCUGUUGCAAGCACUCACAUCCUCCAAUGUUUCUGCGUUACAUUCCGCACUUGUCCGCCUUCUGGAACAUCUGUUGAGCAACAGUCUCAUGUUCCAGCAUAAUCCAGAUGAGCCUCAUCUGUGGUUGAUUUCCUUGCCCACGGGAUGCCGCCCAUCGUCUGGAGGCGAAUCACCUGAUGGCGCCACGCUCACCGAUGAACCAGAAAGCGUUCUUGCUUUUCUUGAUGAUUGCAUACAGAGGUGUACUAAGACGCCUUAUCGCUACAUUGAGGAGAUGCAGGCUUUGGAAUCUGAAGAUCAUACUGAAUCUCAGUUGCCAAGUCCGCUACUGAUGACGCUAAGCGAGCAGCUUUCGGCUAAAAUUGCUGCUGGACACCUGUCCGCUUCGGAUGUACUUGCGCUUGCGACAUUCGUCAGGAGUCUCGUUUUUCAGCUUCACAACAGUUUCUGCCAUAGGAAGGUACUGCUUUCCUUCACAGACAAGAUUGACGGCAUACUCGAUCCCCAAAAACUAUUUCCCGAUUAUCCGAUCGUCACUACCGCCAUUCGGAGAGAAGUUGAGAUCCUCAAGUACUGUCUGUGGUAUCCCCGAAUUCCCAAGUCCCCGACGCCUACCAGCGUUGGUCAGGAUGUGAAGAGUUUUCUUCAUACCGUUGAGGAAAUGAUGAUACCUCUAACUAAGUCGGCGCGAACUGUGGCAGCUUACGAGUUGGUUGACUGGCUUCGGCUGCUGGAACAGCAGCUGCGGCCGGUUGACAUGGAACGCUUAGUGGCGAUUGUUCAUCUAUUCUUCCCGCCGGCUCUGGAGGGAUUGUCACAAGCUGCGAAUCCUGCGCAUCACCUACUCUGGAACGGCACCAAACUAGUGUCGAAGAAAUUAUUGCCGCAUGCCAAGUUCGAUUGGCUGUUUGUGUCUGCUGAUGAGGUGCAAAUCCAAGACCCAGAAGGGCAGGAGAUCCUCAUUAACGCGGUAUUUACGCAUUCUUCAUCACUUUCAGAUCUGAAGAGGGUGACCUGCCAAAUUAACCAUUGCCUAACUGCCGCCACUGAAAGAGCAAGCCUGCUGUGUGGAUUGUUACAGCUCUUGAAUUCUUUAAUUACGCGCUCGGCUUCCUUGUUGGCCAACGCCGAUUACACCGCACUGAAAGAAUUUGCAUUCACUCUGGAGUCCGUUCAGAGACUGUGCAUGUCUUCGACUUUACCUGAAACCGUGCGAGAAGCUCUGCGUGUAUUGGUGAAAGACACUUUAGAUGUCAGCUCGUCAGUUGAAAGAGGCCUAGCUUCAGAUAUAGCCUUCUACUGGCUAAACGAGGUACGGGUUGGCUUGGAAAGUGAUGCAGGCGUCUCACUCGAAUCAGCGUCGAUAUGGGUGGUGUAUCUUCCACUGGAGAGUUUGCUUGAUCUUUUGGACUCAUUGAGCCAAUAUUUGGCAAGAAACCAUAAACAAGCUUCUAUUAUUGAUCUGCUGGACACUGUCAUCAGCGCAGUUCGGGACUUCGCACUGCAGUGUGCUCAAGCGGAGUUCCUCCUCCGUACAAGGACGAUACUGCUGAUCAAUCUUCGCUCACGUCUCCCUGAUUCUGCGGUUCUCGAAGAACUCCUCGCGAUAGCAUUACGUUCUUCCUUGCCAUUACACACUGAAGGACUAUUACAUCCCAUACAAAGUAGCGCAGAUGCUGAGACGCGCCUUGAUCGCUCAAUGGCACGAUGGAGCCAUCGGUUGGAACCUCUACCUACGGAGCUCCAGCUUAUCACACUUCUACAACAGGGUCAUUGGACCGCGGCAACGGCAGAGAUCCUCCGCUGUCUGAUUUAUAAACACGCGUGUCCUCACAGCACGUUUUCCUCGUGGCUUCAAACUAACCAAUCCUUUGAGAGAGAUCCCUUUGAAUUGGCAUCUGUCCUGUAUUCUUACUUGGACGUUGCCAAGUGUCGUGGCGCAGCCUUUUCCGAGGCUGAAGCUGAGCCAUGGCUUCAGCAUGGCCUGCGAAUGUUCAAAUGGUCGACCAAUGAAUCCUCGUCUCGCAGUCUCCGGCAUACAGCUUCACUAUGUAUCAUCCUCAUGUUCCGGUUGUUUCCUUCCCAUCGUUCUCAACUUGAGGAUCUGAUCCUGAACGAUCUGCGUAAGCUAUCGGUCAAAUCGCUUACACCGGACAUGUUGCUUAUUGGCCUCAAUAUCGGAGAUGAAAGUUCUGCAUUGACAGAUGCUCUUGCUGAACAUGGAGUACAAUGGGCUGUGCGUCAUUUUACUGACGAAAAUCCCGUUGAUGAUAUGUCUUCUCGAUGCGUGGAACAUUUGACCGACAUGCUCAAUAUUGUGUCUCUAAAGCCACACAUUGUUGAGCCUCUUCUCACUGCUGUAACACAGCUUCAACUGUGGAAUACGGCGGCAUUGGAGUUAUUGACCGCAGUUCUGAACCAUGUUCCCUUCAAGCCUUUGAUAGUAAAUCGUGUUCUUCAAAAUGUCGUACAACACCACCGCUUUGUGAAGAUAUGUUCAGUGACGGGCGCCUCUUCAUCACCUCUAAGAGAUGCUACUAUCGGUCUUCUCCACGUUUUGUUCCAUCUUCAUCCUGCGAACACGUGUCAAAUUACGCAUGUGGUACCGCUAAUGGCCGUGUACCGUGGCACCACAUCAAUAUCUGACCGGAAGCUGCUUUCAAUCUUCCGUCUUUUUGAGGCGCAACGAAAGACCUCGAUCGGGAUUCUGUUCAAUCAGUGGAAUGCAUCGCAUGAGACGACGUCGAACGGUGCUUUGGAGGCCAUCCAGAGCCUAGAUCCAAUAGUCCUUCUCCAAAGUUGCCUUUACUAUCCUAAUUGGCGGCGCAUUGAUGAUCAGAUUGACCAGGCUGAGCACCCAGCACCUAUCUACGACCCUCUCUUCGUCAUCCUUUUGUUCGCCCAUACCUUAGCAGAAAACCCACCUCAGGGUACUUUUCCUUGGAUCGAAUUCUUUCGGACGAACGUUGUCGGCCUUGUUAUCCGAUCUCUUUCGGCUAAAGAUGGUCACAUCCGCGAGCUCGCGAUAUACUGCAUAUCAGCCUUGUGGAAACAAUUGGAAACAGUCGAAAUGCAAGAGAAGACCUCUGUUCUUUACAUACUCGGUCUAAUCCGAGAUGCCAUACCGCAACCAUCAGCCGAAGAAUGCCUAAAACGUUUGCCGACAUACUCCACCUUAGUAUUACUACAUGCUUUGAGAGGCGUUUUCUAUCCGUCUCAUUUCACGUACCCGUUGACCGCGCGGUUCUUGCUGCAACGUCCGGAGCUGGACAUUAGCGAUGUGCCGAUGCUAUUCGGGUUGCUAUAUAGCAGCUCUGACAACUGGAAACAAGAGAGGGCGUGGAUGAUCAGACUUCUGUCUGAUGGACUGGUCAGCACAGAUGACUGGAGGGUUUUCAAGCGUCGGCAUACGUGGGAUCUUCUCGCGAGCAUUUUCCAGGCGUCCGAUGACUUUGCUUUGCGUAAAGGCAUUCUUGAGGUACUGACGAACUUGACAUGCAUUCCCCAAGCAACAACAUCCCUCGUUUUGAAGUCGGGGCUUCAUUGCUGGAUUGAAAUGCAACUGCUCAAUCUCGUCGAAGACGAGGGUGUUGCAUGGCUGAAGAUCAUCGAGAACAUCAUAUGUUCUAGUGACACAAAAAAAUUGGAGACUGCUACGAGCGGCCAGUGGCGAUGGAUAAUAGGCCGUUGUAUUUCGCUUCUCAUCAACAGCUCGUCAUCAGUCAAACUUCCUGUGUUAUCAUUGACGGCCCGCGUGCUGCUGCGCCUCGCUUUGCUACCCGGUCCAUCGAUUCCGAGCUUGGCUUCAUUGCUUAACCGGACCGUCCACUGUCUUGAAGAGAUGGAAAGGCAGAUAGAGUGGAAACCGUUAGGAAGCAGGAAAGCAUCCACGCCACUGUUUUCGCUUCAUAGCAAACUCCAUUUAUUCAACAACGACGCAUCAGAUGACUCUGUAGGGGAAUGGGGUCGAGCAGUCGAGUCUCUCUGGCGCGUAUCGAUGACAUUCUCAAAUAAAAGGCCGAGUUGGGAUCUCUUGUCCAGUCGGUUAUUGUUAUGGCGCGCGCUGAUGGAUGCAGCGGACGUUAGUGGUGUCGCUGAAUGGGCUAGAGCGGAAGUCAUUAGAAAUCUAAUUUAGUAUUCAUUAUGUCUCCAUUUUAUAUCAUUAUGUAUCCUGUACAUUCUUAUGUUCCGAUAUAUAAAUUAC